AUGUUGAUUUUAUCACUAAUUUACAUAUCUUAGCCAUUCAGGUUGCUCAAAAACUUGCAGAAUAUUAUAAUACUUUCAAGUAUCAAUGUCUCAAAUAAUCUAUACAAUAAUGAAUUAUCAAAGAGGGGAUACAACCUUAAAUAAAGUGAUAGUUUUUAGGAAUAAAUUUUAAGACAUGAAUGCUCAGAAUUAGGAACUAUGGGAAAGAGAAAAUAAAUCUAUAAAAUUAUUAAUAUGGUCAAUUUUAUACUUAAAGAUAGGACAUUUAAUAAACACUACUAUAUUCCUCUAUUUUAAGAAUGCUUGACAGAACAAAAUCAACUGAUUUUGGUUGAAAUAUGUAAAUUGAAUCGCACAUCUAGAAAGAUUCAAAAGUGAUUAUUGAAGGCCAAGAAAUUUUUUUUUUGAGCUAGAAGAGUCUUUAGGAUAAAUAAUAAAUCUUUAAUUGGUAAAAGCUAUAUUAGCUAAUAUUUAAAAAUUUUGACUAAAUGAUAUUCCCUUUAUAAAGAAAAUUUGGGUUAAAAAUGCCAUAUAGACAAUCUAUAAUUUCAAACCUUAUAACUAAUCUGUGGUAUUAGAUAAUAAUAAAAGAAUAGUUGAUUUUUUUAGAUGCAGGUGAUUCAAAAUAAUUUGAAAAUAAUGAUAGCAUUAUUGUUUAAUUAAAGUAAAACUUUCAUUUCUCACCUAGAAGAAUCAGGUAAUUUUAUUUCUAAAUUGUCUUUUUUUUUUUAAUUUUAAGAAAAGCUUUUAGUUCUAAAAAGAACAUGAAGAUGUUGUACAAGUAGUAACUUUUGACCAAGAUAUAUUGUCAUCAAUAAGUUAAAUACUCUAAUACAACAGAGUACUAUAAGGAAGAAUUUUAAUUCCAAAUUUAUUCCAUAUAAAUUUAAGUUACUAUCAUUAAAUAAAGUAAGAAAUACUAAUGA